UUGUCAAUGUCAUUUUGGCGUUUGUUGAACUUUGGCUUGGCUAUGUGUGCAAAUACUGAUUUUAUAGAUAUUACAACUUUGCUGUGAUAAUAAACUAAACUGUAUUCGUUUUAUCGCUCAGUUAGUUGUAACAUAAUCAUUAAACCACUAUGAAUAUUGCAAGAAAGGAUGGGGGUCCCGGUUAUGUCGGCAUUCAGUUCUGCACCGAGUGCAAUAACAUGCUUUACCCGCGCGAAGAUAAAAAUAACAAAGUUCUGCUGUAUGCCUGUAGAAAUUGUGACUACAAACAACUGGCGGAUUCCAACUGCGUGUACGUGAACAAAAUUAUGCACGAAGUCGAUGAAUUGACCCAUAUAAAUCCUGAUGUUGUGAGUGACCCGACUUUGCCUCGUACGAAGGAUCACGUGUGCCCGAAGUGCAACCAUCGAGAGGCGGUAUUCUUCCAGGGACAGACGCGGCGAGCUGAAGAGGAGAUGAGACUGUACUAUGUGUGUACAAGUUGCAAACACAGAUGGACUGAAUGAAUGUUACAAUUAUUUACUGUAAGGUUAAUUUUAAGAAUAAAUCAGAUAAUUAUUUCA